AUUGGCUCUCAUUUGAACAGUAAACAAUAAAAGGCAACAGAUAUUCGAAGAAUCAGAGAGCAAUUGAAAGUAAAAAUGAAUUACAGUCUAUUGUUUCAGAUAGCCUUACUUUGUGUUUGUGCCUAUGGAAUCUCUCUGGAAGAAGUGAGAAAGAAUAGGAAACUGUUAGGAAAGAAGAUUGAAAACAACAGAAGAAAGAUCAGUAGUGUAGGAGAUGUUAUGACUAAUAUGCUGAAGCAGUUACAGAAUGAGAUUGAUAGUCUCAACGAAAAAUUGUCAAUAGGAGGUGAAACAAUCAAUGAUUUUGUAAAAUGUAAAACCAAAUUUCUUGAAGGCAAGAAAGCAAUUGCUUUUGUAAAAGUUAUCCCAGAAAUUAUCUCUAACGAAACGAGUAAUUUUGGGAUGGGAAUCAAAGAUUUAGCAAAAAUGAAAAGUUGCUUUGGAGGUUCCAUACAACACUUUGAAAAAUUGGUUGCUGAUCAUAGUCGUGAGAAUUGCGAUGCCGUCAAACCAAAGAAUUAUAAACAAGAAAUUUCGAGAAUAUUUAAACUCAUUAGCAACAGAAGUUCCAAAAUGUCAGAAUUAUCUGAUUAUUUAUUGCGUCUCCGUAUACUUGAUGACAUUCAUAAUGGAAUUCUGACAAAUCAGAAGUAAUUAUAUCUCUAAGAGGUUAAUGUUCACUUCACACCGUACUAUCGAUAACAAGCCAUUAAUUAAUUCAAUGUCUACUCUGGAUAAUUUGAAAAAAACCAAUUAAAUUUUAAUUACUUUUACAGACAUCUUUAAAAAUAUGUGUGAAAUAUUUUAUUUAUCAAUUCACUUUUAGUAAUUUGAGCAUGUUAUAAUUUCAAAUAAAUAUUCAUCUGUUU